UUCAGUACAUUGUUAAUUUGCGUGUCAUUAUUUACAACUUCAUUUUGUUACUAAAAUGUUUCUUGCUUCAAUUCCAAUUCAUGGAUAUUAUGUGAUUCAUUGAUCAUCAGGACUAUGCAUUGGUGGAAAAAGCACAAACGUGCAUUGUUGCUGCCUGUAGUUCACUAUGGCCCAGAACCAGGUGAUCCUGCAGUUCCACUUUGCCACAUUUGGCGACUCUAUGCUGCAGAAGAUGAAUCUCCUUCGGCACCAGCGACGCUUCUGUGAUGUCACUGUACGCAUCAACCAGCUUAAAGUCUCAGGUCACAAGGUGGUGUUUGCUGCCGGUUCUUCUUUCCUAAGAGACCAGUUCAUCCUUCAGCAGGACUCCAAUGAAGUGCAGAUCUCAAUGAUCCAGGAGGCAAAGGUUGGCCAGCAACUACUUCUGUCCUGCUACACGGGCCAACUUGAGUUUCCUGAACUCGAGCUGGUCAAUUACUUGACAGUCGCCAGCUUCCUCCAAAUGGGCCACAUUGUUGAGCAGUGCACUCAAGCACUUAACAAGUUCAUCAAACCGCAGCCUCCUCACAAGCUGGAAGUGGAAAGUGAGACGAGAAAGGCAAGCAAGGAGGACGGUUUGAGAGAACGGGAGCACUGCCAAGCGCCGACUGUACAGAAGGUGGAGCCCAUGGUGGAUGAUAUCAGUAGUGAUGAUGAGGAAGAUGAUGAUGAUGACAUCAUCAUACAGCCCAAAUCUUCUCCUCAGCUCUCAGAUACAAAUCCCAGGCACGAUGUGGAUGAGAGUGACAUAAGCAUAGUAAAGGUGGAAUCUGUCCUGACUAACUUCCCCACCAGCUCUGCAGCUGGCCUGCGCUCACCCGAGCCCCAACACUCCCUCAUCAAUUCCACCGUGGACAGUCGUGGUAGCGAAACGACGGUGCCCCCGAGCAUGCCAGACUUUGGUCCACCUUCUCCGUCCAAUCCAGCAGAGAAACCAAGCGGUCACCAGAGGAACUACGACAAACCUCUCCAAUGGUACCACCAGUGCCCCAAGUGCAGCCGUGUCUUCCGGCAGCUGGAAAAAUACGCCAACCAUCUCAAGAUGCACAAGCUCUUCAUGUGCCUCUUGUGCGGCAAGACGUUCACACAGAAAGGCAACCUGCACCGACACAUGCGAGUCCACGCGGGCAUCAAACCCUUCCAGUGUAAGAUCUGUGGGAAAACUUUCACCCAGAAGUGCUCUUUACUGGAUCACCUGAACCUUCACAGCGGCGACAAACCUCACCGCUGCAACUACUGUGACAUGAUGUUCGCUCACAAGCCUGUUCUCCGCAAGCACCUCAAACAGAUCCACGGCAAGAACAGCUUCGACAAUGCAAAUGAAGGCAACCUGCACGAUGGGGGGCCUGAAGAGGGUGACAACACGGGGCCCUUUUUCAUUCACUCCAACAAUUACAAGACAGACUUAAAGGAGACAUAUUAUGGAAGUUUGAACUUUUAAUAUUGGUGAACAAAUAGUUGGGGGUAGUGCCUGCCAACCCAUCAAGGUGUGAAUUUAAAUAACCAAGUAAAUCUUUAUUUAUUUGCUUAUUUCUAAAAAAAAAAAAAAAAAUGUGUCUGUGAACAAGCGGUUCUGCACGCCUGCCCUACGGUUAAAAAAAAACCCACACUAAAUUUCUCUGCUAGGCCAGCCAAUGUUCCAGAGACGUGGUGCAGAAGCCCUAUCAUGUCAAAGGUACCAGGAAAGCAGAGCUGCAGUGUUAAGCACAGAUUAGCAUUAAUUAACAGUAUUAGCCUGUAAAGAUUAUGUUUGGGCAAGUUGUUGGGCCUGGGGUAUUUGUAUUUGACAAUGUCAUAAUGCUACAGUUCUACAUUGAUUGACAAGUUUACUUUGGUGGCUUGGUGAUGAAAUGUUGCCUCCACACAAAUGCGUUCAAAUCGCGAUGGGCGCUUGCUUCAAGUGGAUGUUUUCUGAAAAACGCAUAAUACAGAUCCUUUAAGGUACACUUUGUCACAAAGCUGCGCCGUGUCAGCAUAAAAUCUUCCAUGUUGAAAAAAAAAAAAACAAGGCAUCUUUAAGUUACAAAAUUGAUUUGUGGAGGAUAUAGCAUUGACCAAGGAAGAAGAUUGAUUUUGGGCAAGUGUGAGAAUCAUGCGUAAGCAACAAAUGAAUACUGUAGUACAUCCACCAAUAAUUUGGACAGCUGUAUACCAAUGGAGACAAAGCCCUUUCAAAUUGCAUUUCUGUUCAUCGGAUAUAACACAGUAACAUCACUUCAAAAAAAAACAAACACAACUGAUGCUCUAUGUUGGUCACUUUUCAAAACUAAAAUAUAUUGCACUAUAAGUAGACAACUUUGUCUUCCGCUUGUCAUGCAGACUGACUGUGCUUGUCAGAAAAUUAUAAAUAUGGAUAUUCCUGUUGUUUUUGUGUUUGGUUUCCCAUCUUCACGUCUAUUUCAUUGGGGGUGACUGCUUCGUCGAUCUAAAGAAAUACUCGACACAGGUGGCAUUGGAGAAAUUGUCAUGUGCCACUUUUCAAAGUUAGUAAAUACACUUGAUGUAUGAAUUCUCUCAAAAGAACCUAAUCUUGAAAGUUUCUCAUUUGAAAAGCAAGUUAAGUCGGAAAAUGUGACCUUUCACAAUGUACAAUGUAGUCAAUGUUAAGUACCACUGCAGCUUUCUGGAUUGGCUCCCCAAGUGCAGUGCGUGAACGCCUGCUUGAAAAGUCCUGUGUUUUCAUCAGUGGUGGUAUCAGCAGGUUAUGUGAUAGUUUGCCACAUAACCUGUGUAGAAAAACUAGCUAUGGAUAGCAUAACAUGUACGUGCCGCAGCAUCGUGACGGCAUAAAGCUCGAACUGUCAUUGGAGUGUCUUUUUUUUGAAGAGAAAAACCUCUUGCUAUAAGGAUAGCCAUCAUGCCCCCAUUUUUUAAUUUAUUUUUUUAUACACAAUGGCUCAAACUAGCUAAAUGGAAUGCUGCUGACUAUACACCUCAUUUAACUUGUGUAUGUUCCAGCUCCUGCUGAACUCUGCUUCUUCAUAGAGACUAAACUGUGGUUGAUGUUUCAAUAUAACUUUAUCACUGUAGACUUACUCCAUCAAAUUGUAGAUGCCUUCAUUUUGCACUUGAAACUAUCAGUGUUGCAACAUACAUUUUAUUGAUUGUUUUGUAUAACAGAAAACCUUAAACAUAUCUAUACGAUUGUACAGUAUAUAGGUAGCCUUUUAUGUGUACAACAAGUAUGUGGAACCAUUAAAUACCUGGUGCGGCUUUCUUAGAUUUGAAAAAAGGUGGUACUCAAUUGAAAGUUAUUUCUGUUCUCCUGGAAAAAGAGCUUUGCACCCCCCCCCACCCCAAAAAAACAAAAACAAAAUGCAUAAAAUGUAAAAAAACCAUUAUCACUGUGGUUAAAGUACGUCUUUCCUUACCUACCCAUUGUUCAUGUGAAAUGUAAUGUUUUUUGAGUAUAAUAAUAAAUAUUGCAAUUUAUGAUUCCUUCGGCGAAGGAACUUGUUUGAAAUAGUAUUUUGUUCGUAUCUACUAUUCUUUUCCCCCUGUGAAUUAAUCAGGCAUAGUGAUUCCACUCAGGAUGUUGUGGCAGACUAGUGUGCCAUGAGAUAUUGUAAAGGGUGACAAAGU